ACAAUUAAACAAAAAUAGUUAUAAAAAAAAAAUGAAAGAAUAAAGCAGGACCUCUAAGAAACACUAUGAGCUUGUGAAUUUAUUAGACCAAGCUUGUUUGUAUAAGUCCACUUGGUGAUAGUAAUGCGCGGCACUGGGGGAUGAAUCAAUAUUUAACAACAACCAAUCAAUUAUCUUUCUCAUCUGCGUGCAAUGAUCCUAUUUGUUAAAUACAACUCACAAAGGGCAUGCCAGUAUUGACAAUGUGUUGUGGUAUGGGACACCGUCUUUAAUCGGCUGAGAGCAUCGAUAACAGCAGUACUGAAAUUAACCGGUUGUGAUGCGGGGAAAUAACGAUGAUUGCGUCCAUCAUAGUUGCCUCCCUCUUGAUUAAUAUCUGACAAAAAUUUUAACAUGGCUGACAUUUUGAUAGAAGAGAAUAAAUCGCUGUCAUUGAUAAGAACCAUCACGUUGGUUGCCGGUGCGCAUAUUGUUAUGGCACUCACUGAUGGAGCAACUUCAUCCUUCGGAAUAUUCCUCACCGACUUCGCAGGCGAACUCAAUGUAGGUCUAAGAGUGAUAGGAGCAGCUUCCAGUUUACUUACCUCAGUUCUCCAUCUUUUCAGUCCUGUCGGUGCUUAUAUUGCUACAAAACUUGGAUAUCGAAGAACCAUAGUGAUUGGUACAUUAAUGAUUUCAGUUGGAUUGAUGUUAUCAUCGCAAGUACGAGAACCUUGGCAGCUGUUUUUUAGUCAUUCUUUAGUAACAGGAAUAGGGAUGACUUUGAUGUAUACAAACGUUAUUGCAUUUGUAGGAUUAGCCUGUGAUAAGCACAUCUCGAUAGCUAACGGCGUUGUAGCAGCUGGGACGGCUGCGGGAUGGAUAACUAUACCUCUUUUAAUCAAUGUACUGAGAGAGAUUUAUGGCUGGAGAGGUGCUCUGCUACUUCUUGGUGCUAUUGUGUUUCAUGCUACAGUUCUUAGCCUCGUCCUUUUUAGAAGCCCCAGUGCAAAAUUAAAAUUGGAAACUGGAAAAUCUGAAUAUUCUAAAGAAAUUUUAGACGAUGGAAAUUUUAUGGAGUUACGUUGCGAUGAAGUUGAAGACACAAAGGAAAAUUCACAAGAAAUCAAGUCAAACGCUGCAUUACUGAUGGUGUAUUUACAGCUACCACUCACGUAUCCGCUGUUUGGUUUUCUGAUAAUUGUUGCAAACCUGAUGUUCCUAGGAUAUGCUGGAACACUCUUUCACCUUGUUGCCAGUGCAAUCAAAAGAGGAAUACCUGAAACAAAAGCUAUGCUUUUGAUGACUGUUUACGGCAUUGGAAAUAUCAUAAGUCGCUUAUUACAUGGAGUUCCCAUUAAAUUAAAGCUGAUCACAUCACAAAACCUUUUUGUGAUUGCACUAAUCGUAGCUGGUGUGUCCACGUAUUUAUUACCAUUUUGCGAAACAUACGAGGGUAUUGUUUCAGGUACGUUUUUCAUUGGACUAUCCACUGGCACUUGCGUUCCACUCGUAUUUCUUUGCACAAGAGAGAUAGUCGGCAUCAAGGAUUUCCCAAAAGCCCUUGGUAUGGUGAUGUUAACUACCGGCCUGGCGGGAGUUACUGGAGGAUUUUUUACAGGGUGGAUUUACGACUUCUUUGGUUCUUACAACACUGCAUUCUUCGUCAUCGGAUCAUUUUUCUUCACUGGUUGUGCUUUCAUGAUAAUUCCAAGUGUUUGGUUAAAGUACAAGAAAUCUAGGAAGCGGAACAGUCAAUAUAAUGAUGUAAAAGUAAAAUUUCAAGUCAUUGGUCUGUCUUCUCCAGACACUGUUGGCACCGAAAUAAGAAAUACGCUAUCUGACGAAAAAAUGAACAUGGCUGACAUUUUAAAAGAAGAGAAUAAAUCAUCGCUGCCUUUCAUCAGAACCAUCACGUUAGUUGCUGGUGCGCAUAUUGUUUUGGCACUCACUGAUGGAGCAACUACAUCCUUCGGAAUAUUCCUCACUGACAUCGCAGACGAACUCAAUGUGGGUCUAAGUGUGAUAGGAGCAGCUGCGAGUUUACUUACCUCAGUUUUUCUUUUUUUCAGUCCUGUCGGUGCCUAUAUUGCAACAAAACUUGGAUGUCGAAGAACCAUAGUGAUUGGUACAUUAAUGAUUUCAGUUGGAUUCAUGUUAUCAUCGCAAGUACGAGAGACCUGGCAGCUGUUUUUUAGUCAUUCUGUAGUCACAGGAAUUGGGAUGACUUUGACGUAUACAAACGUUAUAUCAUUUGUAGGAUUAGCCUGUGAUAAGCACAUCUCUAUAGCUAACGGUGUUAUGAUAUCCGGUACGGCUGCGGGAUGGGUAAUUAUACCUCCAUUAAUCAAUGUACUGAGAGAGAUAUAUGGCUGGAGAGGUGCUCUGCUACUUCUUGGUGCUAUUGUGUUUCAUGCUACAUUUCUUAGCCUGAUCCUUUUCAGAAGUCCAAGCAAAAAAUCUCAGCCUGAAAUUAGAAUAUAUGAAAAUUUUAAACAAACUUUAGACGAUACAAAAUGUAUGGAGUUAUGCUGCGAUGAUGGUGACGUCGACACAAAGGAAAAUGAAGCAGGGAUCCAACAAAAUAAGACAAAAGUUGAAUUACUAUUAGAGUAUUUACAGCUACCACUCACGUAUCCACAGUUUGGUUCCGUGAUAAUUGUUGCAAACCUGACUUUCUUAGCAUUUGCUGGAACAUUCUAUCACCUUGUUUCCAGUGCCAUCAAAAGAGAUAUUCCUGAAACAAAAGCUACGCUUUUGAUGACUGUCUAUGGCAUUGGAAAUAUCAUAAGUCGCAUGUUACAUGGCGUUCCCAUUAAAUUAAAGGUGAUCACAUCGCAAAACCUCUUUGUGAUUGCACUAACAGUAGCUGGUGUGUCCACGUAUUUAUUGCCAUUUUGCGAAACAUACCAAAGUAUUGUGUCAGCAACGUUUUGCAUUGGACUAUCCACUGGCACUUGCGUUCCACUCGUAUAUCUUUCCACAAGAGAGAUAGUUGGCAUCAAGGAUUUCCCAAAAGCCCUUGGUAUGGUGUUGUCAACUACCGGCUUGACAGGAGUUAUUGGAGGAUUCUUUACAGGGUGGAUUUACGACUUUUCUGGUUCUUACAACACUGCCUUCUUCAUCAUGGGAUUUUUCUUCUUCACUGGCAGUUCCAUCAUGAUUGUUCCAAGAGUUUGGUUGAAAUACAAACAAUCAAGGAAGCACAGUCAACAUAACGAUGUGAAAGUAAAAUUUAAAGUAAUAGAACCGUCUUCUCUAGACAUUGUUGGUACCGCAAUAUAAAAAUAUUGGUCACUGAUCUGUUACGUUUUACCGGAUGGUUUGUUGUUACAGUAGAACUGCCAUACGGGUAACAGCCGUUAUUAGAGAUACACAAGAAGCUAAUGCUGUCCUUGUGGGGAGUGUUCCUCUGUCUUAAAGGAGUGUACCAAUAAAUCUCAUCUUAUCUAGCAUUAUGUGUGUUUGAUGGCGUUUUAAAUAUUCUCUCUGUAAAAUUAGUCUGUUUGAAACUCAGACUGACUCUCCGCUUAUGUCCUUAAGCUAUAGCCAAUGUAUAAAUUAAUUUGUCUCCACCCAGUGGUGUAAGUUGGUACCUGGUAGUAUACAAAUGAUGUCAGAUGUAAUUUAUCUGAUAAAUUGCAUGCAGAGAGCGGGGGUGGUUACACAUUCUGUAUGAUUAUUACUGUUUCCAAUAUUCUAGCCAAUUACAAUUCGAAGAGCUUUGAGACGUUAAAGAUUAUGUUUUUUUUAAAUAUAUAUUUGGAAGUACCAUUAUUUAGGCCUAUUGGUGUCCUCGGCUAAGUAUGUACACAGUUUUCUUUCAUAUCCAACUUUCUUUCAAGAGCAUUGGGUCUAGUGGUUGAUGGAGUUCUCCAUCUGCCUUAACAGUGGUGGGGCCAGGAUUUGCACGAGCGGGGGGGGGGGUCCGAGGUCCCCGACGAGGCACCAAUUUUCCCUAUGAAAAAAGUGGGCGUGGUCGGGUGUCGCCUAAAAAUCUCUCGAAAGUGUUCCAUGGGGAAAAUAUAACAGUUAAGGGUUUUAAAGGCAUUUUUAAUCGAGUUUGGGUGUAAGUAAUAAUGUACUUCCGACGAAUUGUUGUUUUCUUCCCCGACGGAGGGGAGACAGCUCUCCCCGACGGGGGGGGGGGGGUGCCCUUUACUGAAAAGAACUUAAACUGAAUAAAGAAAGAACGUAAUUAUACUAACAUAAAUCCUUUUUUUCUCGAAUUUCUAAUUGUAUUUGAAAAAUUUAAGGAAGUAGAAAUUUUGGUAUGGGGUAGUUAGGUAGCUAAUAUAUAAAUGUAAUAUAUUUAUAUUCUUAAGCAGGACUAAGCCAAAGAAGAACAACCUUCCUUUACAAAAGUGAGCAGCCCCGAAAUUACAUUGAAUACUGAGCAAACACAAACGUUCUUAUAAUGUUCGCGAACGUUUUGGCCAGGUAUGUUGUCACAAAAUAAUGUUCACACAACGUUGCAGGAACGUUCAAACGUUAUGACGUGGAAUUACGUUAUAAGUACUAUACGUAUUUAGGGUUCUACAAAAUAACGUUUUAAACACCAAACUUAACGUUAUUUUAACAUUCUUAUAACGUAAUAUUGCUAGCUGGGUAGUCUGAGUCUAAUCAUGAACCAUGCUAAUCAAUGUAUGUCAGUGAGUUGCAAUAACAUUCCUGUAAUAUUGAUGGUUAUAUUUUUUAUUGUAUUGUAUAAGAGAAACAAAUAAA